AUGACAAACAGAGGCUCGGUGCUACACGGGCUUGGUGUAUCAUCGUCAUCGGAAAACGUAUUACCGCAAUCUGUUGAUGAUUUGUCGUCAUUCAGAUCUGGAAGGUCAUCGGUAUCUUCAUCCACACGGUAUCCCAAUCGAUCAUUCGGCAGAGCCAAUGGCAACAGGUUCUCGCAUUCGAGGUCGUUCCACGUGCCAAUAUACAUCAAGAGGCUGUUCAAGCCUCCAACGCUGGAUUUCGACACGGCGAUGUGGGAGAUCUUCUACCUGGUUGUGUCUCCAAAGAGAGUCUACAAGCAACUGUACUAUCACAAGCAAACGAAGAACAAGUGGGCGAGGGACGAUCCGAGCUUCGUCAUACUGCUGUCGCUGUUCCUGACGCUGAGUGCGAUUGCCUGGGGGAUAGCGUACUCGCCUGGGUUUGUUCCGAUGGUGAAGUUGGUGUUGUACAUGGUGUUUAUCGACUUCUUCGUUGUUGGUGCCAUAGUGUCGACGAUUGGCUGGGUAUUGGCAAACAAGUUCUUUAAGAAACGGGAGGAAUCCUCUUCAAUAGGAGCCGUCUCGGAAAGCGACCUGGAGUGGGCGUAUUGCUUUGAUGUGCACUGCAACUCGUUCCUGGUGAUUUGGGUUAUGCUGUAUAUGGUGCAGUUCAUCCUGCUGCCACUGUUGACGAUGAACAACUGGUUUGCGACUUUUAUCGGCAACACGCUGUACUUUGUCUCGUUGAGCUACUACUUCAUCAUAACUUUCUACGGUUACAACGCACUGCCCUUCCUGGAACACACUCAACUGAUCCUGUUCCCAAUUGGAAUCCUGGGAGUGUUCUACAUCAUCUCUCUAUUUGGAUUCAACGUGGCUAAGACAAUGACAAACUUCUACUUUAGCUGA